AUGCUCUUCUUAUAUUUCUCCUAUUUAUUUUCCAGCUUUAUUUCGGUUUCUUGCCAAGAUUUUAACUCCACAAAUGAUGCGAGUUUAAACUGUGGCUCAUUUGCUUGCAGACUCUCUAACCAAACCUUUACAAGCAACACCUGCUCCUUUUACGCUAGUACUCAAAAUGCUUAUUACAUCAAAAAAUGCUCAACAAUUGCUCUAAAUUACUGUUUAUUUAGCAGCCAACAGAACUCUACCUGUAUUGGCGACCAGCCUCCUAUCACAUCUUUUGCGUGGCCUGGUGAAAAAUGCGCAGAUAGCUCUGAUUGCAAUUCUCAUGCCAAGCAUGGCUGUAUUGGUGGGAUCUGUGUUGGAGCAUACCUAAAUGAAUACUGCAAAACAAGCGAUGACUGUGAUCCUGGUUUACGCUGCGUCAAUAAUACUUGCCAGAAGCAGAUUCCUGUAGGAGGAAGUGGGUGUUCAACAGAUUAUGACUGUGUAAAUCAUGCUGGCUGCAAUACAGGGACAUCUCUUCAAAAUAGCUAUUGCGUGUCUUAUUAUUCAAUAGGCGACCAUAUGCCAGUUGGAGCUUGCUCUAAAACUAAUGUAGGAGCUCUCUGCGAUUCGGGGUCUUGCAUGCUAAAUAAUGGGGCUUAUGAAUGCAUGAAAUCAGUAAAAUCUACAACUUUUCCUAAGACCUGCACAAGUAAUUCUGACUGCUUGUCAGUCCCUGAUAGUUAUUUUCCUAAUAAUGGGCAGCUUCAAGGGACUUGCACCUGCACUUAUGGGAAAACUGGUGCUAGCUAUUGCUCGAUUUUCCCUGGGGAUUCUUAUGCAGCAGAUAAAACGAAGUAUUUAAAGAUAUGGAUACAGAGCGAUUUUAUUGAUAAAUGCAAUACAAACAGAAGAUUCAAUAUGAAGUGCAUGUCAGAUUGGUGGGGCAAGAGUUCUUAUAAUAACUACGUUUACAAUUAUAUGGCAGCGUUUGAUUAUCCACUAUAUACCAAUGCUGAUAAUUGUGUAGUUGAGACUUUGCUACCUGAUUACUAUCAAGCUAAAAAGAAUAUUGGGAAAUAA